AUGGCAAAGAUGAUCAUGCAUAACGACACCAUGGAUGGCAAUGACAUGGUGAUGAUGCACAUGAGUUUCUUCUGGAGCAAAGAUGUUGUGAUGUUAAUCAAUGGGUGGCCGAAUGGGAAAUUAGGUAUGUACAUACUGGCUUUAGCAUGUGUUCUUGUCCUCACCAUUGUUGUCGAGUUUCUGUCAGUUUUUCCAGUCGUCAAGCUGCAGGGAAGUAGUCCCUUCAUUGGUGGAUUGAUUCAUGCUACGUUUUAUGGACUACGAAUGGCUCUUGUUUAUCUAAUUAUGUUGUGUGUGAUGUCGUACAAUGUUGGCGUUUUUGUUUUUGUGGUGGCUGGACAUGUUAUUGGGUGUUUUUUAGUCAAAUAUCGGAUGAUUUCGAGGGCGGCUUCUAAAUCUAGAAUGGAAUUGGAUCAUGUGUAA